AUGGUCGUUUGUAACACAACAGCUGAAGAGACGACAAUUGUCGAGGAUCCUCUGUUCGCCAAAGUCACCUUCCAUCAUGUCGGCCUGGUCAUAUCCGCCGUCUUUGCCCUCAUCUCGGUCGUUGUGGCCUUCUUCCUGAUCUUCAAGCAUGCAACACAUUACUCGAAGCCAUGGGAACAGAAACACAUCAUUCGCAUCCUCCUUAUGAUCCCCAUCUACUCGACAGUGUCCUUCCUCUCAUACCUCUACUACAAACAUUCAAUAUACUUUGAAGUCCUCCGCGACUGCUAUGAAGCCUUCGCCAUUGCCUCGUUCUUUACACUUCUGUGUAACUACAUUGCGCCGAACCUCCACGAGCAAAAGGAUUAUUUCCGUCAAGUAACGCCCAUAAACUGGUUCUGGGGAGUUUUCGGUCUGCAGAAAUGUACAGGCGGAAAAGAGAAGGGCAUCCUGCGCAUACCUAGAAGCGGCCUGACCUGGUUCAAUGUCAUUUGGUUUUCAGUCUUCCAAUAUGCGCUGGUUCGCGUGCUGUUCACUAUAGUCAGCGUAGUCACUGAGGCUAUGGACCGUUAUUGCGAAGCUUCGCUACACCCAGCAUUCGCGCAUAUCUGGGUUAUGGUCUUUGAGAGUGCUUCAGUCACUGUCGCCAUGUUUAUGCUGAUUCAGUUCUACUUGCAACUCAAGGACGAUCUCGCCGAACACCGACCUUUCUUGAAGGUCUUGUGUAUCAAGUUGGUCAUCUUCUUCAGUUUCUGGCAAUCGCUUGUCAUCUCGUUUCUCUCAUCCUCGAGUGGUCCUUUGCAAGCGACGAGUAAACUCUCGUAUCCAGAUAUCAAGGUUGGCAUCCCUUCGAUGCUUUUGUGUAUUGAAAUGGCUAUAUUCGCCGUGAUGCAUCUUUUUGCUUUUCCAUGGCGCGAGUACGACCUCUCAAAGACCCCCUACGCUGAUCCUGCAACGGCUCCUGGCUCUGGAUUCUCUGGCACUGCGCCAAAAUAUCAUGGCGGCUGGAUGGGUAUCAAGGCUUUCGGAGAUACCUUUAACCCAUGGGACCUCAUCAAAGCGACAGCUAGAGGCUUCAGAUGGCUCUUUGUGCGCCGUAGACACAGACACCAUGACGUCUCGUACACAACACCAAAGAUUGGUGUUACUGUCGACGAACCAGCAACCUCCAUACCUGGACCCAACGUCACCUCGCAUACUCUCCCGUCAGCGACGGAGCUCGAACAUCAGAGACGCGCUAGGGCAGAUACCGUCGAUGACACUGAUACAGCCGGUCUGUUGUCUAAUGCUGAGCGAGGCGGCCUGUCAGCGCGUCCCUACCCGUACUCUCCCUCACAUUCGCCGAUACGAAAUGCUUCGUUCGACAGCAGGUCAGGCCAUGGAGAAACCGAGGCACCGGGCGCUGAUAUGAGCCUCAUGGGGGCUUCUCGUGCGCAAGUGCCUCAGCCAAGUGCGUUCGGAGGCAGUGAUGAACCGCGGCCCGGUCUGAACAGAUGGGACAGCGAUACCGAAUACCACAGCACGACAGGACCUAGUAUGGGUCCAUACGCUGGAGUCGAUGGCCAUACCGAGUCCUCGGCAAACCAAUGGGACCACUGGGCUGGCGCGAACAGACAUCAAUAA